CGGCUCCGUGUCUGUGUUUGGCUCCAGGGGUCCUGCGCGCGGUGCUGGAAGCGGCCACCUCGGGCGCCUCGGUUCUGUGCCUCUGUGAGAAGGGAGAUUCCAUGAUCAUGGAAGAGACCGGCAAGAUCUUCAAGAAGGAAAAGGAAAUGAAAAAAGGUAUCGCCUUCCCAACGAGUAUAUCAGUAAAUAACUGUGUCUGUCACUUCUCCCCGCUGAAGAGUGACCAGGAUUACAUCCUCAAAGACGGAGACUUGGUCAAAAUCGACCUGGGAGUCCACGUCGACGGCUUCAUAGCGAAUGUAGCUCACAGUUUUGUCAUAGAUGCCUCAAAGGACAACCCCGUGUCAGGCCGGAAAGCUGAUGUGAUCAAAGCGGCUCAUCUCUGUGCCGAGGCUGCCCUGCGCUUGGUGAAGCCUGGAAACCAGAACACACAAGUGACAGACGCCUGGAACAAAAUAGCCCACUCGUUUCACUGCACCCCCAUUGAAG